GGCAACACAGGCACGGUCUUCCAGGCCACUAAAGCCAAUUUUCAGGAACUGGAAGUGCCUGGGUCUUUCAUACGACAUUGGGAAGCGCUUUCAAUGACAGUGAAAGAUGCGAUCCUCCUGACUGAGAAGUUAGAAAUCCCAUUCCUCUGGGUAGAUCGGUUAUGCAUUGUCCAGGACGACGAAAAUUCUAUGCAACACAAUAUUUCCUGA